UUAAUUGGUAAAAAAUAAAAAAAUAAACUCACAAUUAUUUUGGGAUUAAGGGUGUAGCAAAUAGUUACAGUGUGAAAAUUUUUGUCUACUUGUCAGAUAACAAUUGAUACAGUGAUUUAUCCUAAGCAAUUGAUAAACACUCUCCUCAACCUGAAGGCCUACUUAUUUGCUCUUGAACAAGGCUAUUUUACAUUCAACAUCUAGAUAAGUUGGGGACUCAAGUCAGAUCAAUGAAGUCACGAGCAAAUGAAGAAACUCUUCUUUUCUUACUGUGUGUCCUACUUCUACCGUAAGGAGAUGGAGUCAACAAAUCUAUUACCUCAAUUUCAUGAGCAAGACCAGAACUAUGGACUCAACUCCGACUCUGCUCUUACUUACAUUCAAGUUUUACCGUUGAUACGAGGUUCCAUUCCCAUUCCCUAUAAAUUAAGCCUCAGACCUCUAAAACCCACUUCAGUUUACUUAAUACUGUCUUCUCAGUCCUCCCUCUUCCUCUUUAGCUUUCUGGCGUUUUCUCUCAGAACCCUAGACUGCUGCACCCACCGUUUACUGAGAUUGAGGCUUGAAAUAGGCCUGAGAAUCAUGAUGACCAAACGGAUAUCUUGCUUAGGGUUCAAGAAUGCUGUUGAACCCACGACGAGCCCACUUGAUUUUUCCGGUAUAGAUGAAGCAGUGCAAAUACGGCAACAAUCUCUCGUUGGCCAUAUUUCUACAUUCACAGGGGGUAAGAAAUCGAUCUUGUUCAAGUUUCUGGGUGUGAGGGGUGAAGACAUUGAGAAUUUAGUUUAUUUCGCUGAGAAAUCCCAGGAAGAAACCAUUAGAACAACACAACAAUUGCAGAAUGGAGAUGGCCCUUUUGCGAAACUACCGUGGGUCAAGAAAUCCGUUGACUUGAUGGAUCUUAAAACGAUGGAUGUUAAUGGCAGCCUCACCCAGUUUGAUUACUCCAAGAAGGCCAAUGAGGAAGCCAUUAGUUCUACCCAUUCCCAGUGCCAGCACCCUGUUCUACCAUCCCGAUUGGAUUUUUUUGUGCCCAAGAAACAGAGGUCUAACAGAGGGAAAGCCACCAACACUACUAGUUUUUCCAAUAUCGAGAAAUUUGGAAACUCCGUACUGGAAGAUCUCAAACCAAGUACUUACACCACUGGUUUUUCCAAGAAAUUUGGAAACCCUGUUCUGAAAGAUGUCAAACCAGCUGAGCAAGUCGGACACAAUAGAAAGUGCCUGAAACGCUGCCGAGGAGGCAUAGAAAUUGAAGAGAAGAUCAAAGCUAAGAGGCAGAAGGAGGGUAAGAUACAGAACAAGAAAGGGUUGGCUAGACUUGCUGAAUGGAGUUUGGAGCCUCCACCAAAUAUGCCAAUUGAAUUCAAGAAGUUGAUUGAAGAGAUGGGCGGUUCUCAAGAGAAACUAUUGAUACAGAAGAUCAUAUUCAAAACAGACCUGAGCAAGACCCAUAAUCGUCUGCAGAUUCCUAUGAAUCAAAACCGAAGACGAACCGUCACCGGAAUGGAGGAUUUCCACCCACCAUGGAUGGCCGUGACCGAGGCUGAGUAAAUUUGACCCGUUUGAGAGAAAGACAGAUAGCCAAAUAUUCUACGAAUAUUCAUCUUCUCUCUUCGUGGCCGUGACCGAGGCUGAGCAAAUUUGACCCGUUUGAGAGAAAGAGAGAUAACUAAAUAUUCUACGAAUAU